CGGGGACUCCUGCUCCCGUGAAAACUCUUCCUUCUGCUCCGGAGCGCAGGGCAGCAGGAGCCUGGCCGUCGCCUGGGGGUGCUGCUGCGGAGACAGAGGAGACCCCAGGGAACACGAACACUCCAAGGCAGCCUGGGAGCUGCCGAGGGGGCUCCUCAGACGGACCCCGGACCUGGGCUGGCCAGGAUGAAGUGUCCCCGGCAACUGCGGCCUCAUGUGGGCCUUGUUUUGGCUGUGGGCGCCUUCACUUCCCUCUUCCUGUUCAGUCUGCGCGAGUGGCCAUCCGCCUGUGUGGUCCCUGAGAAGCCACCAGCUACCCCCAAGACUCUGGCCUGGCCCACGCCACCUGCCCGCCCACGCCCUGCCAGGUGCCAGGCCAACGCCUCUGUGGCCACCCACCCGGACUUCGCGGGGCAGCCACUGCAGGUCCGCAAUUUCCUGCUGCACAGACACUGCCGCGAGUUCCCCCUGCUGCAGGACGCGCCCCUGGGUAAGUGCUCGGGGCCGGUCUUCCUGCUGUUGGUGAUCAAGUCCUCGCCCAGCAACUACGAGCGCCGGGAGCUGGUGCGGCGCACGUGGGGCCGCGAGCGCCGGGUGCGGGGCCUGCAGCUGCGCCGCCUGUUCCUGGUGGGCACGGCCCCCGACCCCCACCAGGCCCGCAAGGUCAACCGGCUGCUGAAGAUGGAGGCGCGGAUGCACGGUGACAUCCUGCAGUGGGACUUCCACGACUCCUUCUUCAACCUCACGCUCAAGCAGAUCCUAGCACACAGUAGGUGCUCCAUGAAGACCUUUUUGAUGGACAAGAACCCACAAGAGGUGCUGUUCCUGCAGUGGCAGGAGACCAGGUGCACCAACGCCAGCUUCAUGCUCAACGGGGAUGACGAUGUCUUUGCACACACGGACAACAUGGUCUCUUACCUGCAGGGCCAUGACCCAGGUCACCACCUCUUUGUCGGCCAUCUGAUCCAAAACGUGGGCCCCAUCCGGGCUCAGUGGAGCAAGUACUAUGUGCCACAGGUGGUGACUCAGGAGGAGCAAUACCCACCCUACUGCGGGGGUGGUGGCUUCCUAUUGUCCCGCUUCACGGCUGCCGCCCUACGCAGGGCUAUCCGUGUCUUGGACCUCUUCCCCAUUGACGAUGUCUUCCUGGGUAUGUGCCUAAAGCGCGAGGGACUGAAGCCCACCUCACACAGCGGCAUCCGCACAGCCGGCGUGCCAGCCCCCUCUCAACACCUGUCUUCCUUCGACCCCUGCUUCUACCGGGAGCUGCUGCUGGUGCACCGCUUCCUGCCAUAUGAGAUGCUGCUCAUGUGGGAUGCGCUGAACCAGCCGGACCUCGCCUGUGGCAAACAGACACAGGUCUACUGAGGCAGUCUCACGGUCUCCAGCCUCUGGGCUUCUGUCUCCACCCCCAUAGGGAGGGGCAGCUCCUUCCUCCCAGGAAGCUGAGAUGUUUGCCCUCCUAAGUGAGCCUGGCAUAGGGGAGUGCCAGGGAAGGUUUGAUGAGUGAAUAUUCUGGCUGGUGAACUCCUACACAUCCUUCAAAACCCACCUGGUGCUGCUGUAGCAUCUGCUCUGGAUGGACAGAGGAACCCUGAAAAUGUCAUUUUAAGGCUGAGGGCGGGCACCCCUCCCUUCCCUAAUGAAAAAAAGAAGAAGCCCUGAGACCUGCCGAAAACAAUAACUGCUAGGUCUGGCUAAGUUAAGGAAUGACCACACCUGGAUGGUCACCUUGAUAAGAGAUUCGGUUCCUGGAGUCCACACACACCACCAGCCCCUCCUAUUCCUCAAUAGGUAUUGCCCUAAAACUGCAACAAAGAAAUUCGUCACUCUUCACGCCAAAACUCUUCUCGCCAAAGAAACCCCCAUCCGCCAACCCUAAAAACAUAUGUAAGCCUACUCAAAACUCCUGGGCAGCGCGACUUCUCUGGCCCCACUCUUGGGACCCGUGAACCUCUCCCAAGAGUGCUCCAAUAAAGCCUUGUUGCUUAGCCCUUUCAA